UAGUGUGUACAAAGAGAAGCAGAGUGAUGUAGUUCCCAGAUUCUAUGGUGUCUCUGAUCUCCGGUGCUCAAAUACUCAGCUGCAGGAUAUUGAAUUCACAACAAUGAGUCGCAAAGUCAUAAAUUUCAGUGAUGGAUGGGACUAUGUUAAAAUGGGGAUCGCAAAGCUAAGGCUGGUGGCAGGAGGAUCAGAGCGUCCUUUCACAGCAGAAGAAUAUAUGUUGCUGCACACAACUAUCUUCAACAUGUGUACCCAAAAGCCCCCCUAUGAUUAUUCUAAAGAGCUUUUUAGAAAAUAUCAGAAGACAUGUCAUGAAUAUUACAGGAAAACUUCUGAAGAGUUUGAUACUUCAACAGAUCAACCUGAUGAGCUUAUUUUGCGGCAGCUUGUCAAAAUUUGGGAACAUCACAAACUUAUGGUCUUUUGGCUGCCAGGAAUCUUUGCUUAUCUUGAUCGGUACUUUAUCCCCCGAGAGAAGCUUCCUACGCUAAAUGAAUUAGUUGCAGAUGACCGCUUUCAUGAUUUGGUUUAUCGGAGGAUAAAUGCUAAGGUCAGAGAUGCUAUAGUUCAUCUCAUUGAUAAAGAGCGCAGUGGAGAGGAAAUUGAUAGAGCAGCAGUGAAGAAAGCAGUGGAUGUAAUUGUUGAAAUUGGAAAGGGAACAGUGAAUGCUGUUGAAAGAGACUUUGAAUCAGACUUGCUGAGAAAUGCUGGUGAGUAUUAUUCCUGUAAAGCAUCAAGUUGGAUAUUGGAGGUAAAAUCUGAUACAGAUUAUAUGUCGAAGGCUGAGGAGUGUUUGCGGAUAGAGAGGGAUAGGGCUUCACAUUGCUUCCAUGCAAGUACUGAGCAUAAGCUGGUCCAAAAAGUGCAACAUGAGCUCUUUGAACCUCUCGCUAGUAUAUUUAAACAGAAAGUUAUUGCUGAGGGUGCAACGUUGUUUCAAGAUGCUGCAAAAGACGGGGAUUCUUCAGAUGGAGCUGGCCUGCCCGAACAGGUCCUUGUCAGAAAUUUAAUUAAGCUGCAUGAUAAGCAUAUGGCAUAUGUCAAUCAUUGCUUCAAAAACUACUAUCUCUUCCGCAAGGCUUUGAAGGAGGCUUUUGAGAUAUUUUGCAACAGAGCUGUUGCUGGAAUUUCAAGUGCUGAAUUACUUGCUGCAUUCUGUGAUAAUCUUCUUAAAAGCAGAUGGAAUGAGACAGUGAUAGGUGAGCAGGAAAUAGAAGAAACUCUUCAAAAGGUUGUCAGUACGGUGCUUCCAUAUCUGAGUGACAAAGACCUUUUUGCAGAAUUCUACAGGAAAAGACUAGCUCGUCGUCUCUUGUUUGAUCAUUGUCUUAGCAAGGACCACGAGGAGAGAAUUCUGACACAGAUGAAACGACAAUGUGGUGCCCCUUUCACCUCAAAGAUGGAGGGAAUGGUCAUGGAUUUGACAUUGUCUGAGGACAUUCAGAUGAGGUUUCAGGAAUAUCUGCAGAGUAAUCCAAAUGUAAAUAAUUUGGAGAUGGAUUUGACAGUGACUGUUCUUACAACUGGUUUCUGGCCAAGUUAUAAAUCAUUUGGUGACAAUAUUCCUGAAGAAAUGGUGAGAUGUGUUGAAGUUUUCAAAGGAUUCUAUGAAGCAAAAACGAAGCACAGAAAGCUUACGUGGGUUUACUCAUUGGGAUCAUGCAACAUUGUUGGGAAGUUUGAGCCAAAACAAGUUGAAUUGGUUGUAUCAACCUAUCAGGCUGCUCUCCUCCUACUUUUCAAUCCUUCAGAUAAAUUGAGCUAUUCAGAAAUAGCAACUCGGUUAAACCUUAACCAUGACGAUUUGGUUAGAAUUCUUCAUUCACUCUCAUGUGCUCGGUACAAGAUUCUUAUCAAGAAUCCAAAUACAAAGACUAUCUCGCCAAAUGACGACUUUGAGUUCAAUUCUGAAUUCACGCAUAGAAUGAGAAAAAUCAAGAUUCCUCUCCCACGAGUGGUGGAAGAAAGGAAAGAAGUAAUAGGUAAUGUAAACAAUGAUAGACGAUAUGCUAUUGAUGCUGCAAUCGUGCGCAUUAUGAAGCGACAAAAGGUUUUGGGUCAUCAACAAUUAGUUACAGAGUGUGUUGAGCUGUUGAGACAUACAUUCAAGCCUGACAUCAAAGCAAUCAAGAAGCGCAUCGAAGACCUUGUCAACCGUGACUACUUGGAGAGGGAUAAGAUAAAUGCAACAGUAUAUAGGUAUAUUUUGUGAUGCAAGUACUGUUGUAGUGUUCAUAUAUCUGUGGAUAUGCUGCAAGUAUAAAUCAUUUGUUGUACUUGGUGCUGCUUUUGGAAUGUUAUCGUAUGUAUGUGGCUUAAAUGUUUACGAAUUUUUGCUCUAUGAAAGCUAGCCCAGUUUCUUCUGC